UCUGCGUUUCUCCACCACCAUGAAUCCUACCCAGAAGGGGCGAAUUGUGAUUGUUGGCAGUGGACUCAUUGGAAGCAGCUGGGCCAUGGUUUUUGCAUCUGGUGGUUUUCAAGUAAAGCUCUAUGAUACUGUGGAAGCACAGGUUACAAAAAGCUUGAAAAAAAUUGGUGAACAAAUGAAAGAACUUGAAACAGCUGGAAUGCUGAAAGGCUCCCUCAAAGCUGACCAGCAGAUCACUCUCAUUAGUGGUUGCACAGAUUUAAAAGAAGCACUCAAAGAUGCCAUUUAUGUUCAGGAGUGUAUACCUGAGAAUGUAGAACUGAAAAAGAAGAUUUUUUCUCAGUUAGACCUAAUAGUCAAUAAUGAUGCUAUCCUAGCAAGUUCAACCUCGACUCUCUUGCCUACAAAAUUAUUCACUGGAUUGAAGCAUGUGAAGCAGUGUAUAGUUGCGCAUCCCGUAAAUCCACCAUAUUAUGUGCCACUUGUUGAAUUAGUUCCUCAUCCAGAAACUGAUCCUUCUACAAUGGAGAAAACCUAUGCUUUGAUGAAGAAUAUAGGACAGUCACCAGUUAAAUUAACAAGAGAGAUAGAUGGAUUUGUUCUGAACCGACUUCAGUAUGCUCUUAUUAGUGAAACAUGGAGACUCGUUGGGGAUGGAAUAGUAUCGCCAGAUGAUCUAGACCUUGUGAUGUCUGAUGGCUUGGGAAUGCGGUAUGCGUUUAUGGGACCUCUGGAAACAAUGCAUCUAAAUGCUGAAGGAACGCUGAACUAUUUUGAGAGAUACCGUAAAGGUAUUAUCCAUGUCUUGAAAACAUUUGGACCAAUACCAGAUUUUGCUGGGGAAACAGAACAGAAAAUCAAUGAGGCCAUGGUUAAAAAAACUCCAAGUGAUCCAGAGCACCUAAAUGCCAGGAGACAGUGGAGAGAUGAAUGCCUCAUGCGCCUGGCCAAACUGAAAAAGGAUAUUAAAUCGGAUGACAUGAACCAUGUUUAAAUCACAGAAACGGGCAUCAUCAAGUUGGCAUUCAAGAGGACACCUCCCUUCCACGGCUAAACAUUACACAUGCAAAAGCCAGUUGAACCACUUAAGUCAAUUAUUUAAGACUGGAAUAUUUUUUAUCUGAAAAUGUUUCUAAAUGAUAUUUUAAAGCCACAGUCUCAAACCCCUUGGUUGAGAGUCUGUGGAGAU